AUGAAUCAUUGUUCAGUACAUUUUAAAGAUUUUAUAUUCUUGUGUUCAACUUGUUCAAAAUUAGUUUGUAAACAAUGUUGUGUCAGUGAUCACAAUCAACACAGGUUUGAUGAUUUCGACUCGAUCAAGGAGCAGGUGUUGAAGACAAAUGGCUAUCAAGACAAGAUUUCGAAUCUUUUCGAUCGAUUAAAGACAAUCAAAUCAACCAUUGAUUCUUUAGAGUCUACACUUGAUGAAAUUACCAAGUUCUAUGAAGAUAUACACAAUGUUCUCAUGGUUGAAGAACACAAGAAGAAGAAACCAGUGGAAGAGCAGUUGGAGUUGGCAAAGUCACUUAUUCCAUUGGUGAUCGAGGAGAUUAAUUCACUCAAGGUCAUUACCAAUACCAUUUACAACAACGAAAAUCCAGAGAAUUCGGAGAGUUCAGAGGGUAGAUCAGGAGAACAUGUAUCCGAAAGUCCAGACAGCUCAAAUACCAAAGAACACCAACAAUAUAACGCUAUUGGUGAUCUCCUCAAGGCUGUCGAACAGUCAGUUGACCACAAACAACUUUUCCAAACAUUCCAGAAUGUCUUUUCAGAAGUUUCGUUCGCCAAUCCAGCAGACAAGAUCGACUUCCUAUCACAUGUCUCCAAGCAUAAAGAUAUGAAAAAGACCAACUCCCAAAUCAUUCCUUCUAAAUACGUGGCAAUGUUUGAUCACAAUCAAAUCAAGAUCAUCAAAGAUGGCUUUGACACCAUGUGGCAAUUAGAGAAAUCCCGGGACAAUGAUAUGAUAGUUUAUUACAAUGGAGUAGAGACAAAGUUUUUUGAUAUGAAAACUCAAACAAUUACCAAACCAAACAGUUUGAAAGAUGUAAAACCUGCCCAUAUGGUUCAAGUUGGAGAUGAUAUCUUCUUCUUUGAUUCUGAAUAUAUUAAAUAUUCAAUCUCAAAGAAAACGAUAACUAAAUUCCCACGUUCAACACAAAUUAAGAGUACGAUGGAGUCAGCAUGCUAUGACAAAGAGAAAAACCAGAUAUAUAUUUUGCACAGAUACACCAGCCGCUCUAGAGACUACUAUUCUAUCGGUAGAGAAAUCGAAAUCGUUGAUCCAAAUAUUUUAAGUACCCAAUUCAUAUCAAUAUCAAUCACAUCUAUUUCCGAAAUUCUUGCGAACAAUGGUGUUGUUUAUUUAGUUGACUCAUCCAAUAUCUAUACCUUGUCGGAUACCUACAAAAUAACAUCAAAUGUUGAUUUCUCCAAAAAUUUUUCAAUGAAACAUUGUGCAAUUGGAGAUAAUCACAUUUAUAUAUUCACCAACUUCAAUACAAUAGAAAGAUAUGAUCUGGGAUCAAAAAGUUUCACGACCGUUCCUCAUAUGAAUCAAUUGGUAACUAAUGCGCAAUCCAACCCAAUUUCAAAAAUAGUAUUUAUUCCUUCAAGUGGUAUAUCUUCGAGCAAAUUGUAUUGUUUCUCUAACUCCAGUAAAAAUGCCAAAGUUUAUGACCUAGUGACAUUUAUGUACACUGACAUUGUCAUUGAACCGUUGACUGAUGCAAUUUAUAUUAAAAGACAUUAA